UUUACAAGCCGCUGUAAAGGGGGCAGCUGCCUGCCUUGGCGUGGCCGGGGGCUUGGCAGGCAUCAGGGGAGAAGGGCACAUUUUCAGGCUUUCUGAGGCCCUCGCCCAGCUGGAGGACACCAGCCUGUAACUACGGGAACCCCAGGAAAACAGAGGGCUCUAGAGGCCACGGGCACGAUGCUUCGGGUCCUGGUUGGGGCCGUCCUCCCCGCAAUGCUGCUGGCCGCCCCGCCGCCCAUCAACAAGCUGGCCCUGUUCCCGGACAAGAGCGCCUGGUGUGAGGCCAAGAACAUCACCCAGAUCGUGGGCCACAGCGGCUGUGAGGCCAAGUCCAUCCAGAACAGGGCGUGCCUAGGACAGUGCUUCAGCUACAGCGUUCCCAACACCUUCCCGCAGUCCACCGAGUCCCUGGUUCACUGUGACUCCUGCAUGCCGGCGCAGUCCAUGUGGGAGAUCGUGACCUUGGAGUGCCCCGGCCACGAGGAGGUGCCCCGGGUGGACAAGCUGGUGGAGAAGAUUCUGCACUGUAGCUGCCAGGCGUGCGGCAAGGAGCCGAGCCACGGGCUGAGCGUCUACGUGCAGGGCGAGGACACGCCGGGCUCCCAGCCGGGCACCCGUCCCCACCCCCACCCUGGAGGGCAGACCCCUGAGCCCGAGGAUCCCCCCGGGGCCCCACACGUGGACGAAGAGGGGGCUGAGGACUGAGGCCCCAACUCUUCCUCCCCUCUCGUCCCCUGUGGAAUGUUGGGUCUCACCCUUGGGGGAGCGGUGGGGAGAAAGGCUGGAGCCCCCCUUUGGCACUGGAUGGACUUGGAUUCAGACUUGGACUUGGAAUGCUUUCCGGUUGCCAUGGAGAUCUGAAGGGAGGGGUUGGGGCCAAGCUGCACAAUUUAAUAUAUUCAAGAGUGAGGGGAGGUAGCAGAGGUCUUCAGGGUUCUUUUUCGGAUGGGGGGUGGUUUUCUUCCUUUCUGCCUCCUAGAGAUGUGCCUUCGGGAGGGGAAGAGGUUGGCUAAGCUGCUUAGGUGGGUGUGAGGUCCUCACCGCCCCUGGUGGGGCAGGGCCCCUGGGGUGCAGAUGGUGGAGCGGGGG